GGGGGGUAUAUCUUAAGUCUGUCGCACCAAUGGCUGUCCCGCCCCGACCAAUCGGCUUGCUUCCGAUGGAUAUCUACGGUUUCCCAUGAAUAUCUUUCAAGAUAUGCCCUUGUUUUCAGCUAAAAUAACUAAGAUGAUUAUCUACUUUAAAGAUACAAUUUUAAACUCUAGCAUCUUCUCUUUCCAUCAGUAUUUCGGAUAAUCAAUUAAGUCGGAAAACAAUUCAAGCUAGGCUUCGGUGUAAAUUCGCCCUUCUUCUCCGAUUCUCGGCACCUCGGCUAAGCUACUCCUCUCUAACAAAUCCAGUAAUUACGCUAAUACAUCGACUCUAUUUUGUAUUUCACGAAUCUAACUUAACUACUUAAAUAAUAAACUAAAUAGGAACUAUCUCGGUCAUCAUACACGAUGUCAAAGCCUACCGUACUCCUCAUCGGCCCUCUAGCGCACACCUACAAGGCAUGGGAAGCGCUAGGCGCCAAGUACAUACUCCUCGAGUUUCGCACGGGGACACGGAAGCAAUUCCUCGAGAACUGCCGGAACGGAACGUACGCCGCGGUUCGCGGAUGCUACCGAUCCAACGUCUCCACCUCCGUAACAGGACCUUUCAACCAAGAACUCAUCUCCGCGUUGCCCGAGUCAUGGAAAUUUAUCGCACAUAACGGUGCUGGAUAUGAUAAUGUCGAUGUUGAUGCGUGCAGUGCGCGCAAGAUCGCGGUUUCUUCUACGCCGGGUGCUGUGGAUAAUGCUACGGCUGACGUUGGCAUUCUUCUUCUACUGGGUGCUUUGCGACAGGCGCAUGCACCACUAAUAGCGUUGCGCGAGGGGAGAUGGAAGGGCGAGCCCCGGUUGGGUCAUGAUCCCGCGGGCAAGACACUUGGAAUCCUAGGUAUGGGUGGUAUAGGUCGAGCGAUGGCGCAUCGAGCGCGCAGUUUUGGGAUGGAUAUUAUUUACCACAACCGACGACGUCUCGACCCCUCUCUCGAGAAAGGAGCGAAGUACGUUUCAUUCGAUGAGUUGCUCGCUCAGUCGGAUGUGCUAUCGCUGAAUUUGGCGUUGAAUGCGAACACGCGACAUAUUAUCUCUGCACCGGAAUUGGCCAAGACGAAGAAGGGCGUAGUUAUUGUGAACACAGCUCGUGGCGCGCUUAUCAACGAGGCGGAUCUAGUAUCUGCGCUUGAGUCCGGACAUGUCUCCGCCGUCGGCUUAGACGUGUUUGAAAAUGAGCCGGAGAUUCAUCCAGGGCUUAUGAAGAAUGACCGAGCGUUCUUGCUACCCCAUCUUGGAACGAGUACAUACGAGACGCAGCGGGAGAUGGAAUUGCUAGUAUUGAAGAACUUGGAAAUCGGCGUAGAUGAGGGGAAGAUGUUAACCUUGGUAAGUGAGCAGAAGGGCUUAGAUUGGGCUCCUGAGCAAGCAAACUCAUGAACAUAGCUGAAACUAUGGCCCGCCAAGUUAAAAAUAAUGAUACCUUAGAUAGAUUAAUCAAGAAAGACCCCC